GUCAUUCAUUCACGUCAAAAAGUCAAAAGUUGUAAGUCGGCCUGUGAAAAAAUUGGAAAAAUAAAUUUGAAAAAUACCUAUAUUGGUUUCAUGCUUUUUUAAAAGUUGUAAUCGAGAAAGUUAAUAUAUUUUACAUAAAUAAAGUCAUAAUGUGUUUUUAGAAACCUGUAAUACGUUGCUUAAUUUUUUGUUUUUGGUAACAUGGAGCCGACGAUUUCAAAGCCGCGGCACUACCGCACCGCCAUCUAUGUGCUGCUUCUCAUCAAUCUGGUGUCGAUCUUCACAGCCGCCAAGACGGUCCUGGUGCUCAACCCUGAAGACAGAAUCUCGGUGACCCGAGGCGCUUGGCUGACGGCGCUCGGAUUCGUUUUCUUCAUGUCAAUGUUCGAGCUCCUGAACGUGUGCGCUCUGUACACCGGGGUAGGCAGCCGGCUGAGGCAGAGAUACCGGCUCGGCUGCGGCGACGUGCUGGACAUCACCAACAAGUUAGUGUCGGCGGUGCAGGCGGCGUUCUGCUGCGCCACCGGCGUGGUGGUGUGCCUCUGGUCCUGCACCCGGGACUUCAUGCGCACCUCCCACUACAUGUCCGAGGCGUACGCGUGGUUCGGUGCCGCCUACUUCUUCUACGACAUCUGGUCUAUGUACAUGGUACACGUUCAAAUGAACACCAACGUGGACUACUUCAAGAGCAAACUCCAAAGGAAGUUAUCCAAAAAUGGCGACGCGUCCUUGUCUUCGGGCGACGGCGCCCCGCCCGCCAAGAGGCAGCCCACCUUCCUGGAGUACUGCCGAUACGAGCCGGUCAUACUGCUGCACCACAUCUUCAUUGGCGGCUUCGGGUUCCUCGUCAUUGUGUACCUACGCGGCGACCUCGGCGACUGCACGUUCGGCUUCGUGUACCUAAUGGAGCUGUCCACCCCGUUCGUGUCGGCGCGCGGCAUCCUCUCCCGGCUGCGGCUGAAGGCUUCCCGCGCUUAUCUCCUCAACGGGCUGCUGAUGCUGAUAACCUUCCUGCUGUGUCGCGUGGUCAGCCUGCCCUCAGUGUGCUACAUGUAUAGCAGAGUGCUGGGACUCUCCUACUGGGAGGCCAUCCAGACUCUCCCGAUUGGCUGCAAGAUCUCCAUCUGCAUUCUCCUGUUGCCGCAGCUCUACUGGUUCUAUCUGAUGUCUGCGGGCGCCAUGAAGAUGCUCGUAUCAGCCCCCGUGCUCUCGGCCGGGGAUUCCCACAAGCGCAGCUGACGCGGCCGCCGCAAGCACCGCUCGUAGGGCUCCAGCGCGAAGCCCCCAGCGACGGACAUACGAUAGUGACUCAUGAUAGUGCAGUGUCAAAUGUUACGGCUGAAAAAUUGUGAUGAAAAGUGUUGGUGAUGAGAAAUUACAGUGGAUACAUUGUGAAUUUAGUGUUACUGAUGUCAAAUUGAACCAAGUAACCAUUCCCACGGGAAUUUGGUAACUCUCUCAGGUUGAUUUCGGAGUUAUGCGUUUGUGCCGUACUGCCUAGAUGAGUUGGAUUCUAAUUACACGCGUAAAAUUAUUCAAGUACAUUGCAAAGGUAUGUGUCUCUGUUUCCAUCUUUGUCUUACUCAGAAUUUAACUUUAAAGACAGACAGAGUAAGAAAACGUUAAAAUGCCUUAAAAAGCGUUAAAAGCCUCCAUAUAGUAUUCGUUUCAUAGUUACCAACAAAUGUGUAAACGUAUGUGUAGGUACACACUAUAUCAGUUAUAUCACCUUUAAAUUAGUGUAUGUCAGGUAUAUGGCUAGGGUUGGCAGGUCGCCAAACCUAAUAGCCGGACAGACCAGCCAGUUUGGCCGGACAUUUGGCUAAAAAAACCGGACACCCUAUAUUAUCGGUAGUUGACUCUCGUCGCCUGCGCUCGGCGGCUCUCGCUUGUUUGCGAAAUGUAAAAAGCCUAACAAAAGCCGGACAAGACGGACACUGUUUAUUUUGGCCGGACAUUCGAUCAAAAAGCCUAAUUAUGUCCGGCUAUAUCUGGACGCCUGGCAACGCUAUAUAUGGCAACGAAACGCGUAAUACCAAAACUGGUACAGCAGUCUGCAGGACAAACGCGCACAUUAACACUCUGAAAUCAGCCUUAGUGUCUCGCUACACAAGUAGAAACAUGCAUUAAUAUCUGUAAAAGCGAUUAUAAGGAAACACUAAACACGUAUUUCAGACGUUCCCAGUAAAUUCUUAUAUUUCUACAAGGCAUGUUUUAAAUAAUGUCCUUUUUAACCAACUCUUUUAGUCUUCCAAUGUUUCUUAUUCCAAAUGUUUCUUGUGUUGAAAUAUCAUGAUCUGAAAACAUCUACAACAGCGAUCUGUCUUCAUAUUUAUCUUUUAGGCUGGUAAAUGUUUGAAAAAUCGUUCUGACCACGACAUAAACAUGUUAUGCUUAUUUAUACGUAGAGUUACCAAUAAUACAGGUUACAUUUUUGAUUAAAAAAAAUUGUUUUUCAUAAAGUCUACUACACAAUUAAUACAUGCUUUCUGAUAAUAACUCUUUUACAUAUACAUACAAUAAAGUCACGCCACAUUCCUGGAGGGGUAAGCAGGGACUUCAUCUUUUCUCUUGCUAAUAAUAAUAUGUGUUUAUAUUGAGUAAUAGUAUUUUAGAAAAUACCUAUAAAGGUCUAUUGUCAGUGAAUUAAUUUUGAUUUAACUAGUCAACCCACACUCCAGUCACCAUAUAACCAGUAUAAUAUAAAUUAAUGUAUGUUGUAGAAUUAAAUGUAGCACAAUAACUUCAAGAGAGAAUCAUAGUGUUUAGAAAUAGUUUAGUCUGUGUCAUACACUUGUGUUUUGCAAACGAACAUUAUAUAUUGUGGUGUUGUUGUCAUCCUUGUCUCACUCAAUGGCAUUAGAGUGAGAAAGUGAUACAUGAUUAACAUAGCAAUUUCAAAUAUAUAUGAAAUGAAAAUUUAUAAAUCAAAUUGGGCAGUUGCUAUUUAGUUAUUCCUAUUUUGAUCUUUGAAGCCAAGUGUUAACUUUUGUGAUGAUAGAAUCAAAUGGCAUGACCAUUAGUCGUUAUUUUUGGGGAGGCGAUUUUAAAAUUUACAUAUAUGAUAAAAAUGUAGUCGACUCUCAUAUUUAGUGUAUCCAAAGUGGUGAAAUUAAAACAAUCAUCUCUGUAUGGAUUAAAAGUUAUAUGUAUAGUUCUAAUGGGAUGGUGCUUGCAUGUCUAUAUUGAAAAAAAAAGUAUAAGACGAAAUUUUAAAUAAAAUUUUAUAGUAUUUGGUUCAUGGUAGAUAUAUGCGUGUGCGAAUGAGUAAAACUUAAAUUUUAUUGACGUUCACGUUAAAUGUGUUAAAAUGUGGUAGUUUUACUGAGUAAGAGGUUCAACCUUAAUAACCAUUUUAAAACAAGCUCUAUUAUUCUUAAUAAUUGUUAUACUUGACGUAAAAACACGGAAUAGCAUCUUUAUAUUUAAAAAGAAUUUUUUUUUCAACGUGUACUUCCCUAUAGGUCUUCGUCUAUUCCAAAAUUGUAAUUAUGGCAUUUCAAUUGUGCAUUUUAAAAGUUACGGUAAUUGUUUUAAAAGUGACUGACAAAUUAAAUUGUUACAAUUUGUUUGUUGUCAGAUUAUAUAGAUUGGCAUAGCCAUAAUUUAAACUUAAUGUACAUUUUACGUGCAUUAAGUUUAAAUAAAUUAAUAAAAAAUGUGCUUCCAAUUUCUAUUGAUGAACUAAUGCAAUGAUUUGUGCAAUAGUGCAAUGACCUUGCAACCAUUAUUCCAAAAAUAAAAUUCAUAAUAUUUUUGUAGGAAAAAUGCAGAUUUAAAAUUGUUUCUGUCUGAAUGGAAUAAUAAAAACAUAAAAUAAUAUAGAAUCUCAGUGAAUACUUGUGACGAUUUAACACUUAGUUCAUAUUCGGAACUUCGGAGCGAAAGAGACAGGCAAUAAGAUUAAGGCUAUCAUAUGACGGAUAGUUUUGUUUGGGGAAAGUUGGAUGGUAUAGAAACGUAACAGUCAAAAUUUAUUUUUCCUUGUUAUAAAAAAAAAUCCGCUUAUGGGCUGCAAUCAAAAUAUUCCUUGGUUCAGUUCAAUAUAAUUGUUUAUUCGAAAUUACUUUUUAUUUCAGGCCUUAGUUUUAAUCUUGUUUUCUCUCAUUGGUUUAGGUCUAAUUCUAAUUGUAAAAAAUCACUGCAUAGCAGAAUUGAUAGUCAUGCACAUAAUUAAGUUUGUAUCACUUAGUAUUAAAUAAAGGUCUAGGGUUGGCGCGCAUUUGUAUGGAUACUCCCAGCGGCCGCUCGUCGCUAGCCUGAGCAGUCGUGCGCAGACGCCGCAUUAUAUACAUCGCAGUGUCUAAAAUUAUGACAUUGAAAGUGCUAUGCGCUUCGCUUCCAGCCGCUUCCAAUUUGGUGUGAAAUGAGCCUUAUAUAUACUUUUCCUUUCCGCGAAUAACUUUCUUUAAAUAUACUUCUAUGCGUAAUAAAAUUAUGCCAAUUGUAUAUCGUUUACAAAUGCGUGCCGACCCUUUAUAGUCGAUGUUGUGAUUCAACAUUACUCUUAUGACUUGGGCUUUCCGUUUAAACUUUGUACCUAUUGUAUAGAUUUAUUUACAUACACAAAAAUAUAUUAGAACAUUCUUAGAUUCAUGUUUAUAUCGACUUAUUUUGUACUCUUGCAUUUAUCCAUUUGUUAAAUAGUAAAAAAUGACCUUAUGUAGUUAUUUAGAAGGUUCGAAAUGGUUUAGAUUUUGCACUCUGACCUGUAUCACCGAAAUUUUCCGAUAACCAGAAAAUCUCCACUAAUUUAUGUCUAAUGUUAUUAGGUGUUUUGAAACAUGUAGACUUGCUUAGCAAAUGUUUGACCUAUUUUCGGCCUAUUGAUGUAAUCUAGCCUAGGAUUAGACUUGUAAUAAUGACUGUAAAAAGAGGCGUUAUAAUGUAGAAUUUUUGUUUGUGAAAUGAAUAUACCUAUUAUUUUUCGUAACAAGUCUAGUUCUGGUGUUAUGUGAUUGUUAAAAAAAUGUGCUUGUGUUUGUUAUUGUUGUUUAUUUAUUAUUGUGUCAAAAAUAUAAAGCAUUUUUCAUGUGUA